AAAUAUAAUGCCAUAUUGUAGGGUCGCUUAUAUCACAUACAAUUCCUACUUGUCAAACGUCAAACAUGGGUAUCUGUUUCCCUUGCUUCGAAGGAGGCGCUUCAUACGAUGAUAACGAGACACAAGAAACACGGCGACAAAACAUGGCAGCGGCGGCCAUGAAGAGACAAGAAAAUGCAGCGAACCGUGGAAUCAAAGACCCAGCAUCAGUCAAACGUAAACAAGAAGCUCAAAAAAGACUUGAUGAGGAAGAAAAUAAACGAGCCAGAAUGGGAGGAGGAGAUGGAGAGAACCUUAGAUGGAAUGUGGACUGAGGAAGCAGAAUGCCUUGCAUGUGGAUACUGAGAGUCCAGUUCUACUGUGCAUUUAUAAAAUAUACUCUUAUUUAUUACCAUUUAAAUGAUAUACAUGUAUAUAUUUUCUGAUUCAUCUACUUUAUCUAGCAUUAAAUAGUGUUGCCAGCUUUUCAAAGUUAAUUGUGCCACACAUAUGCCAGAUAUUUAAGUUACUAAUCCUUCCCAAAAACUUUGUUGAAGUGCCUAUGUAUCUCAUUUGUUUAUUGAUUUGUUUACAAAUUUUAUGAUAUAUGUUUUCUGAACAAUAAAACUCCUUUGUGUGUUGUACAUGUA